AACAGCCAGAAGAAGGAUCAGAGGAAGCAGAAGAAGAAGAAGACGACGAAGACCCUCAGUCACUCACUAGCCAACCCUCAACUUUCACACUUCCCUACACUCCCUUCUUCUACUUCCCCCCCUCCCGAAAAAAAAAACAUGCCAGACGUCGAUACGGAAAUUACGCACUUGGAUCUUGCCAUCUCGUCGAUAGCUUGGGGAUUCACACUCGGCUUUGGAUUCCUGACAACGUGGGAAGCGAUAAAGCAGACGACGCGCGCGCGCAAUCCGCUAAAGUCAGUCUACAUAUGGCUCGUGUGGGGCGAGAUCCUUGUGUGCUUCUGUAUUGGCAUCAUCGUCUAUAUGCUGUUUUCUGGGUUAUAUAAGGUUAGCCUUGUGUUCUUGAUAUCGCUGUUGACAUUAUGGGCCCUCAAACUCCAUUUCAUCGUUCAAAUCAUCAUCAACCGCAUCAAUAUAAUCGGCAUCGACCCCGACUUUGGCGUUAAGCUGAAAUGGGGCACCGCCAUUAUCAUCCUCCUUCUGAACAUCUCGGUGUUCGUCAUCUGGAUACCUGCGCAGCUGAAUGUUUCGCCCGUAUUCGUACGAAUCAACAACGUCUGGGACCGCUGCACAAAGGUGAUCUACCUGGUAGUGGACGUAGGCCUUAACUGGCUAUUCGUCCGCACCGUCAAGCGCCGCUUAAUCGACCACGGCAUCGGCAAGUACGACAAACUGGUCACGUUCAACAUCCGGAUCAUCUUCAUCUCUUUGGCCAUGGAUCUCCUAAUCCUCGGCUCCAUGAGCCUCAGCAACCCGUUGGUAUACGCGCAGAUCCACCCGCUGGCAUUUAUCGUGAAGCUGCGGGUCGAGCUCUCGAUGGCCAAGCUCAUCCGCAAAGUGGCGGUGCAGAAGCUGGGGCCCUACAACAGUCCGUUCGACAUCUCUAUUGGCGGCGGCGGUAGCGGGGGGAUGAACCUUACCGCGCAGCUGCCGGAGGCGCCGGAUUCCGCAAAAACGGCGGAUCCGAAGGUUAACGAGAUGUAUACUAGUACCCGUGCAACAGCACCAGAGGACGCGUGGAUGUUUAGAGAUGAUGAUAGUGUCGGCAAUGAGAGCUGGAAGAGGGUGUUGUCGGCUGUGUAAAUGGGUGAUGAUGGGACUUGGUUAUGGGACUUGGUUUGGGCUUGGGUUUUGGAUUUGGAUUGGGUUGAGAUUCGAUGCAACUUUUUUUUAUAUACUUUUCACGUGGGCAAGUAUGUACAUUUUUGGCUGGAUAUAACUCCUUACUGUGAGGUGCUGAAUGGCUGUUUUUAUCUUGGUUUCGUCAUUCUGUAGGUAUUCGACCAAGUCGGGCCCAAACUCUCGUUGCCCUUUUCUUUUCUUUCCAUUUCUAUCAUUCUGUGUUUACAAUUCUCGUGGCCACGAGCCAAAGCGAGAGGUCAAGAUUGUAGUACGG